AACAACUUGUAUUAUGAAAAAUUGCUCUGUCAGGAUACGUUUAGCUCACACUAUAUGGUGAACUUCAAGAGCAGGCGAUUUGUAUCCCUCGACGGGGUUUAAACUGCAAUUCAUAAGUGUGAGAAUGCUUCCUGCCUUUAUGAGCCUAAGACACUUUACCACAACCACAAUGAGAAGAGCAGCGUCUGAAUUCCGAAUGCCCGUCCCAUGGGGAGAGCUGAGAGGUCAAGUUUGGGGUCCUUCUCAUGGUCGUCCUGUGCUUUGUUUGCACGGUUGGGCUGACAACAGCGGGACGUUCAAUACCCUGGUUCCUUUGCUUCCUAAUGACUGGAGAUUUGUAGCCAUUGAUUUUCCAGGUCAUGGUCUCUCAUCUCAUAGGCCUGAUGGAUGCUUUUACGCCUUCCCUUUUUAUGUGGCCGAUGUUCGACGAGUUGUUGAAGCUCUUCAGUGGAAGCGAUUCUCUAUAAUUGGACACAGUAUGGGUGGAAAUGUGGCAGGAAUGUUUAGCGCCUUGUACCCAGAGAUGGUCGAAUCUGUUGUCCUCCUUGAUACUUACGGAUUCCUUCCAACAGAAGUGACUGACAUGUUUACAAACAUGAGGAAGGGGAUAAAUGAUCAAAUCCAGUAUGACAACAUGGCCAAUGAAAGGAAGGAGAGGGUCUACACGUAUGAGAAAGCCAAAGAAAGGUUGAAGGUUGCAAACCCAUAUCUUUCCGAUCAGUCUGCGGAUAUUCUGUUAGAGCGAGCAGUUCGAGAGGUUGAUGGAGGAUUUGUAUUCACCAGAGACUUCAGAAUCAACCUGAAAAACAUUAUAUAUAUUAAUAUCGACCAGUGCCUCCAUGUGCUGUCGCAAGUAAAAGCCAAAGUGAUGCUGCUGCUGGCAAAGGAUGGUCUGUUUAAAACCUUUACUCUACCUGAUGGAUAUGCUGAUAGGAUCUGCAAGAGCUGGACCGAUCAAAAAGCCACCUUUGUGGAAGUGGAAGGCGACCAUCAUGUUCACCUCAACAACCCAGAGGCUGUGUCCUCCGUAAUCACUGACUUCCUUCAGCCUCAAAGUCCUGACCAAACCGAGAGCCAAUCAGGCAAUCAGACUUCCAGAUUAUAACACACACACACACAUCCAUACAUAUACUAAAUACUCACACUCUUAACUCUGCUUUUUGAGAUUUGUUUUUAAAUCUAUAACAAACCUCACAUGUAUUUUCUCAUAUUACAGAAGGUUUUUAUAAUAGCUAUUAUGAACAAAUGCCAUGUUUUGCACUUAUCUUGCAUCUUCCAGUUUUAAGACAUCAUGGUGCUUUUUUUGUGGUGUGAUUGGAGUUAAACUCGCUGAAUAUAUUGUUUUGAAACUUUUGAGAUUAAUAUUUUGGCUUCUCUAUAAACGUCAGCAUUAAUAUCUUUGAUUCAAGUAGCCUCUUUAUAUUUAAAAUAAUUAAAUGCUGCUGACAUACAUUAAUCAUCGUCUUCAUAAACUUCAAAAAAAGGUCAUUUUUUAUGGAUUACUCGAGCUGUAUGCAAUACAUUCAAGAGGAAAUUUGUGGAAUGUCUAUUAAUGUUAUUAAACAUUAACAGUCUGUUC